CAGAGAAACCAGUUGAUAAAACACUCUGCUAUGGUUCGCACUCGGAAUCAGCCGUAGUGCGGACUGAUUGCCUUAUCAAUCAGUUGUAAUUGUGCUAUUGUGUCGUCUCGGAGGGUGUUUGUGUGAUGAUAAGAGUUUGACCAGCUCUUCCAGAAGGCUACAUUUUCACUUUAAUUUAGUGUUGUGUUCUUCGGCCGGCUGUGCGGAGGCAGCAGAAUUACUGAGAGAACUUAUUAUUUGUGUCGAUAAUUUUGUUUACGUUUUCGUUUCUCUUUACUAUUCGAAAUCCACGUCAAACAUGGAUAACGUCAGCGACACCUCUGUUCAGAUACUGGAAACCAUUCCGGAUAACAGUCGAGUGUCACAGCUGAAAACGCAUUUCGUAGAUGCAUUUAAUCGAAAUCCAAGCUUUUUUGUACGCUGCAGUGGAAGAGUCAAUAUCAUCGGGGAACAUGUGGAUUAUUGCGGCUACCCAGUACUGCCAAUGGCAAUUGAGCAAACUAUUCUUUUGGCAAUGGCUCCAUCUGACGAUAAUCUAGUUCAUUUGAAAAAUAUAGACCCGAAGUAUAAACCGUUUAAAUGUAAUAUCAACACAUUUACCAUUGAUUUACCUGGCUCGACUGGCCCAGAAUGGUACAAAUACUUUCUAUGUGGAGUGAAAGGAAUUAUCGAAUUCGCGAAACCUACCCACCCUAGAGGCAUGAUGGUAGUUUUAUCCGGCAACAUUCCCCCGGCUUCCGGGUUAUCAAGCUCAAGUGCAGUAGUAAGCGCUUCGGUUCUUGGUACUGCUUUCAUCCAUAAUAUACCUCUGGAUAAGCAAUCCUUGGCUACAAUUUCAGCAGAUUGCGAAAGAUUUAUUGGCACUCAAGGAGGAGGCAUGGAUCAAGCAAUUGCAUACCUCGCAAAACAAGGUUGUGCGCAGUUCAUAGAAUGGAAUCCAUUGAGAGCCACGUCGAUUAAUUUGCCAAAUAAUGCCGUUUUCGUAAUUGCUAAUAGUUUGACGGAAGCCAAUAAGGCGGCUACAUCUGAUUUUAAUCAAAGAGUCGUCGAAUGCCGGCUAGCUUGCAGAUUUUUAGCAAAAAAGAUGCAGAUAAAUUGGCGCGAUAUGUGGCGCUUUUCAGCCUUACAAACUGCGGUCAACUAUUCACUCGAAGAAAUGGAGGGCAUUACCAAUAAGUAUCUGACCCAACUGGCAUACACCAGAGAUGAGUUGUUGAACUUUUUUGAAAUAGACGCCGAUGAUUUUGCCGAGAACCUUCUCACUCCAAAUACACGGGACGCUCAAGUUUUCAAGUUACGUCAACGAGCACUGCAUGUUUUCCAAGAGGCUAUACGCGUCAAUACGUUUGUGGAAGUAGCAAAGCAACAGUCAUCAGAGGCGGUCCACUUAAUGAAGCAGCUGAUGAGACAAUCUCACGAAAGCUUGAAAACGUUGUACGAAUGCUCGCACCCAAACCUUGACAAGCUUGUACAGAUUUCAGAUUCCCUUAAUGUGGGAGCUAGAUUGACUGGUGCAGGAUGGGGCGGCUGCAUUGUGGCCCUUUGCGAUGGAAUGGAUCAAUGUGUUGAGUACAUCAACUAUUUGAAACAGUCCUAUUAUGCUAGCUUGAAGCAAGCUGAGGGUAGGAACCUGGAUGAAAUCGUUUUUGCCACUAGUCCACAGCGCGGUGCGGAAAUAUAUUUGAUGGACGGUACACAAACUUUCAUCGAAUAAGGCUAUGUUGAUGGUCGAUUACGAAGUUACCAUACAGCUACAUAACUAACAGUAAAACUAUUGUCAUAAACAAUAGAAUAAUACAGAAAAUAAAUAGCAAAAGUAAGACAUGGUUAAGAGCUAGUA